AUGACAUCCCAAGACAACCUCCAAGUACCUCGGGAUUCGCUAGCAACAACAGCGACAGAUAUUCAAGAUGCGGAUAUUCGUCUAUACCCAAAGAGAUUCUUAAUACUAGGCUUGUUCGUACUACUAUCAGCUUCGAAUGCCUUACAGUGGAUCGAAUACAGCAUUAUUACGGAGAUUGUUGCACAUUACUGGCAAGUACCGUAUGAUUGGAUUGAUUGGACUAGCAUGAUCUACAUGUUAAUGUAUGCUAUAUUGAUCUUUCCUGGAACGUAAGUUUUUUUUAAAUGCGUGAAAAAAUUGUAAAAAAAAUUUUUAGCGGGACAUAAAAAAUUGAAUUAGGCACUGGAAGUAAGCUGAGAGAUUGAAUUAGGGACUGGAAGUAAGCACUUGGACUUGGAAGUAAGCUGAGGUCUAGAAUGAGGUUCAAGUCCAAGCUUAGGCUUGGGAUUAGGCUAGACAUUUUGCUUGGGAUUAAGUUAGGACGUAGACAGGUUUAGACUAAGGGGCAGGCUUAGGCUUAGCCUUAGGCUUAGGCUUAGGCAUAGGUUUAGGUUUAGGCUUAGGCUUUGGCAUAGGAUUAGGCUUAGGUUUUGGUAUAGACGUAGGCUUAAGCUUAGGUUCAAACUUAGGGUUAGAUUUGGGCUUAGGCUUAAGGUUAGGCUUAGGCAUAGAUUUAAAUUAGACUCAGGCUUAGGUUCAGGCUUAGGCUUGAUCUGAAGCUUAGAAUUAGAUUUAGUUUUUGGUUUACGUUUAUGUUUAAGCUUAGAUUUUGGCUUAAGCUUAAGUUUGAACUCGAAUAUAGGAUGGGGCUGAGACUUAAACAAAAGCUUAAGUAUAGGCUUAAGAUUAGGCCAGCUCAAGUUGAAGCGCAGGAUUAGGUUUAAAUUUAGUUUUGGGCUUCGUCAUAGGCUUAAGCUAAACUUUAGGCUUAUACAUGUAACCAUUAGUUGUUUUAGACUUAGCUAUUGUACAACUAAAUUUCUAUAAAUUUUAGAUGGUUCCUAGACCGCUUCGGCCUUCGAGUCUCUAUACUAAUUGCAGCGGCUGGAAAUGGUCUAGGAUCAUGGCUGAAAGUACUGUCAGUAGCACCAAAUGGCUUUUGGCUAACAUUCCUAGCCCAGACCAUUGCCGGGGCUAGUCAAACCUUUAUCCUAGGCAUACCAAGUCAUUUAGCAGCCACAUGGUUUGGUUCAAAUGAAGUUUCGACCGCUUGUGCCGCUGGCGUUUUUGGAAAUCAACUAGGAAUUGCGAUUGGCUUCAUUCUACCACCAUGGCUGAUCGAAAACGGCAGUAGAGAGGCGGUCGGUCGAGAUUUGAAUGUCAUGUUUUUGAUAUCAGCUGUUGCCAACACAAUUAUCUUUCUUAUGAUUGUCUUUUGUAAGUUGUUUUUGAAAAUUUAGAGGAUUACAAGUAUUUUUAAAAAGUGGAAGCUAAGUGGAAGAUUUGUAAUGUAUUUUGCACUGAAAAUCUUCCAUUCAAUUUUCAUUUUUAAAAUACCUUAAAAUGACUUAAAACACGUUUUUAACACUUUUUAAAGGUGGAAUUUUGGUGGAAGAUUUUCAGUGCAAAAUACAUUACAAAUCUUCCACUCAACUUCCACUUGUAAAAACCUCAAAAAUGAUGUUUUUAGGCGAUUUUAAGGCUUUUUGGAAGUAAAAGUUUGGUGGAAGAUUUUCAGUGCAAAAUACAUUACAAAUCAUCCACUCAACUUCCACUUUUUUAAAAUUAUCAGAACGUUGGGUCCAAUAAUGAAAGUGCCAUAAAAAUCAGCUUGAGGGUAAAAAAUGGCAAGAAUUUUCUUUACAAAACAAAAAAUGGCAUGAACUUUCUUUACAAAACAAAAAAAUGUCAAGAACUUUCUUUACAAACUAUAAAAUGGCAAGAACUUUCUUUACAAUUUAUAAAAUGGCAAGAACUUUAUUUAACAAACAAAAAAUGGCAAGAACUUUCUAUACAGUACAUGAUAUAGCAAGAAAUUACAGUAUUUCUCAUUAAAAGCCGAAAAAACUGAAUCUUCUCGUAUAACAUGUCAUUCGCAGCCUGCGGAGCCAAAAAAGUGGCAUUUUUUUACAAAAUGGGUAGAAUAAGGUAGGAUAGGGUAGGUUAGAAUCUAUAAAUCAAUUUUUUUUAUUUCAGUCUUCUCCGACCAGCCCACCACCCCUCCAAGUAUCAGUGCUCACGUUCGCGCCCAACCUUCAGAAGAAGAAACUGGUUUUCUGGUCGAUUUGAAGACCUUGUCCAACAACUAUGGCUUCAUAUUGUUGUUAAUCAGCUAUGGCAUUAACGUUGGCGUAUUUUAUGCCAUUUCAACGCUGCUAAGUCAGAUGAUAUCCGUUUAUCAUCAUAACGUUGGCACUGAGACUGGAACGAUCGGCUUGUUGAUGGUGGUUGGUGGCAUGGUUGGCAGUGUCUGCUGUGGAUACAUGUUGGAUCGGUUUCAUAAGUACAAGUAGGUUUGGCUCUUUUUUAAAUGGUUUUUUAGGGCGGGGUAAAUUUUUUCGGUUAGGGUGGAGGGGGGGGUUUUUUGGUUCUGGGGAAGUGGAAUGGGUUACUUUUAGGGCAGGGUAAAUUUGUUAGGUUAGGGGUAGAUAUUUUGGGUGGGGUAAAUUUUAUAAUGCUAGACGUGGUGGACUAUUUUUGGCAGGGUGAAGUAAAAUUGGUUAUUUUUAGGGUAGGGUAAAUUUGUGAGGUUAGGGGGAGGAGGUGUUUUUUUGGGUGGGGUAAUGUGUUAUACAUAACUUGUAGGGCAUGCCUAGGAAUAAUAGGGUAGAGUAGGGUAUGGUAGGGUAGGGUAGGGUAGGGUAGAGUAGGGUAGGGUAGGGUAGGGUAGGGUAGGGUAGGGUAGGGUAGGGUAGGGUAGGGUAGGGUAGGGUAGGGUAGGGUAGGGUAGGGUAAGGUAGGGUAGGGUAGGGUAGGGUAGGGUAGGGUAGGGUAGGAUAGGAUAGGAUAGGGUAGGGUAGGGUAGGGUAGGGUAGAGUAGAGUAGGGUAGGGUAGGGUAGGGUAGGGUAGGGUAGGGUAGGGUAGGGUAGGGUAGGGUAGGGUAGGGUAGGGUAGGGUAGGGUAAAACUUCUAAUUUCGUAUUUUCAGGUUGAUAACAGGCUUAGUAUACCUACUGUCAGUGAUUGGCAUGUUACUAGUCACCUUCACAAUCCAAAUGCCAUUAUGGAUGACAUUUUUCACUGCCACUUUCUUAGGCUUCUUCAUGACUGGUUAUCUACCGGUCGGUUUCGAGUACGGUGCUGAGCUGACAUACCCAGCCAGCGAGGGUACCACCUCAGGACUACUCAACUUCUUUGCUCAAAUCUUUGGAAUUGCGAUGGUAAUUGGCAUGGGACAAGUUAUACGAAGGAUUAGUGUUUUCUGGUGCAACAUCUUAUUGUCAAUAUUCUUGUUCAUUGGCAUGGGACUGACAGUUUUGAUUAAAGGAGAGCUUAAAAGGCAUAAUACUCACAUGAGUCAGCUGGAGAACGCUGCUUUUGAUGUAAGUCUCACUCUACCCUACCCUACCCUACCCUACCCUACCCUACUGUACCCUACCCUACCCUACCCUACCCUACCCUACCCUACCCUGCCCUGCCCUGCCCUGCCCUGCCCUGCCCUGCCCUGCCCUGCCCUGCCCUGCCCUGCCCUGCCCUGCCCUACUCUACCCUACACUACCCUACCCUACCCUAUUCGUAUUGUACCUUAGAUUACCGUAUCUUGCCCUAUCCUGUAUUACUCUACUGUACCGUACCAUACCCUAUCUUGUCUCACUCAACCUUAAUUUACCUUACCAUAUUAUAAUCUGUCCUAAUUUAUCUUGACCUCGCUUGCUACCUUCAGAAUUCUUCAAACGGCUUUACUUUAAUAUGAUUUGGCCUACCCUGACUUGACAUGCCCUCAACCUUAGUUUUAAUCUUAUAUCUCAGUUUCUACUGUAUUGUAGCUUUUACUGUAUAUAAUGACUGUUUUCAGAAUUCAAACUUUGCGACAGAAGAAGCGAAUUCAACUACACGAACAGAUUCUCGAACACAAUCAACCAACUUUUACUGA